GGUACUAACGGAGUGCGUAGAGCAGCGAACGGUUCCAACAGCAAAAGUCCGGGCGAGGCUUCAGGGCAGUGUGGUCAGACAUACGCUGACUGACUGAGAGGCUACAAGCGCGAACGCUCGCAGGUUGAGCGGGAACAAAGGACCUGCAUUCCCAGAUGACAUUUUGUAGAACAAGUUUCUUUGUUCAAGAUAAAAAAAAACCAAGUCAUUAACCAUUAAUGGGCAUUUCAACACGCUUUACGAUGACCAUGAACUGUAGCCCUCAUACUUUAGUGAAACUUGGAGAAAUGCGACGAUGAAGCUGCAUUCGUAGACUGUACAUUAAAUGGGAUUUAACGGAAUGUCAUUGUGGUGAGGACGAACCCUGCAAGACGCUUGAGAGGUGUGACUGGACUGGGGUAUGUCAGGGUGGAGAGUCUAAUCCUGAAAUCUCGUUUUUAAGGCGUGACGGCGACAACAAAAGGACGCGAAAACUCGCAUCAGCACCAGUGAAUACAAAGACGCAGAGCAAGCGAGUCUAUUAACUGGCUGUGUACAGCUAUUGGGUCUCAGUUGUUCCGUUCCUUUUCUAAGAGAUAAAGUGUCGAGUGCUACCCCACAGCCACGACCAUCUUCACCCGAACCGAGCGAGUCGUCAGUAGCCUACAUUCUGGGUGAUCUCUCCAGCAUCACGUUGUUCUAAGCGCACAUCAUCGUCCACGCAAGAGUUUCAACGAAACCCAUUUUCUUAAACCAAUCUUUACCUUUUUUUAUUAGUUAACUGAGAGUAUAAUUGAUCCUCAAACAAAAGACUUGACGAUAAGUGACCGAGAGCCGAACCUCAGAUCCAGGCUGCUCGGAUCCAAGCUGCUCAGCUCCAAGCUGCUGGCGUACGUGGCGCAUAGCGAAACGAUUCUUGAGGUGAAUGAGGAAUUGAAGGGCCCUCUCCAUGGAUAUAGACACAGACUAUGAGCGGCCCAAUGUGGAGACGAUCAAGUGUGUGGUGGUGGGCGACAACGCGGUGGGCAAGACGCGUCUGAUCUGCGCGCGCGCCUGCAACGCCACCCUCACGCAGUACCAGCUGCUCGCCACCCACGUGCCCACCGUCUGGGCCAUCGACCAGUACCGCGUCUGCCAGGAGGUGCUGGAGAGGUCCAGGGAUGUGGUGGAUGAGGUCAGUGUAUCCCUGAGACUGUGGGACACCUUUGGAGACCACCACAAAGACAGACGCUUCGCCUAUGGCAGGUCAGACGUGGUGGUGCUGUGCUUCUCGCUGGCCAACCCCAACUCUCUGCGGCACGUGCGCACCAUGUGGUACCCGGAGAUCAAGCACUUCUGCCCGCGCACCCCCAUCAUCCUGGUGGGCUGCCAGCUGGACCUGCGCUACGCCGACCUGGAUGCCGUCAACCGCGCCCGGCGCCCGCUAGCAAAACCCAUCAAGCCCACGGACAUCCUGCCUCCGGAGCGGGGCCACGAGGUGGCCAAGGAGCUGGGCGUGCCCUACUACGAGACCAGCAUCGUGGCGCAGUUCGGCGUCAAGGACGUCUUCGACAACGCCAUCCGCGCCGCGCUCAUCUCCCGCCGCCACCUGCAGUUCUGGAAGUCGCACCUGAAGAAGGUGCAGCGGCCGCUCCUGCAGGCGCCCUUCCUGCCGCCGCGCCCGCCGCGCCCCAUCGUGGGCAUCCCCGACCCGCCGCCGGCCGACGGCGAGGGGCCCGACACGCUGUUCACGCGGCCGCUCUGCGCCGACGUGCUCUUUCUCCUGCAGGGCGGCGCCGCGCGCGUCUUCGCCCACAAGGUCUACCUGGCCACCUCCUGCUCCAAGUUCAACGACCUCUUCACCAUGAGCCUGUGCGGAGGAGCAGGAGGAGGAGCAGGAGGAGGAGCAGGAGGAGGAGGAGGAGGAGACGGUGAGGAGAGCGAGGAAGGAGAGGAGCAGAUGGACGGAGGAGGAGGAGAAGGAGGAGGAGGAGGAGGAGGAGAGGAGGAAGAGCAGAGCAGGCGAGGAGCCAAAGAGCAGGCGGGCCGCACCAAGAGCCUGGACAUCGACAAGGACGGCGGGGUGGGCGACGGGGCCGCGCGGGGGGGCGCCAGGCGUCCGCUCCUGCUCCAGCAGGGCUCGCUCAGGACUUCCCAGAGCGACAACGCGCUGCCCGCCCGCGGCCAGGCCUCCACCUCGGGCCACCCGGCGACCGGACGCGCCCUCAUGGGCUGGGGCCGGGGCUUCCUGGGCGUGUGUCUGGAGCACGUGGACGACCCGAUGACCGGACGGCCGAGGCUGAUGACCGUGGUCUCCAUGGACAGCCUCAUUCAGGAGGGACCCUUUCAGGCGGUGCUACAGUAUUUAUACACGGGCAACCUGGACGAGGGCCGGGGCGACCUGAUGCAGGUGGCCACCAUCGCCGAGCUGCUGGAGGUGUUCGACCUGCGCAUGAUGGUGGCCAACGUGCUGAACCGCGAGAGCUUCAUGAACCAGGAGAUCACCAAGGCCUUCCACGUGCGGCGGGCCAACCGCAUCAAGGAGUGCCUCAACAAAGGCACCUUUGCUGAUGUGGUGUUUCGGUUGGACGACGGCUUCCUGCCGGCCCAUAAGCCCCUGCUCAUCUCCAGCUGCGACUGGAUGGCGGCCAUGUUCCGCGGCUCCUUCAUGGAGAGCUACGUAGAGGAGGUGGCGAUCCCCAACACUAACAUGGCGUGUAUGCGGGCGGUGCUGGAGUACCUGUACUGCGGGCUGCUGACCCCUAGUUCUGGCCUGGAGCCUCUGGAGCUGAUUGUCCUGUCCAACCGGCUGUGCCUCCCCCGCCUGGUGGCCCUCACAGAGCAGCAUGCUGUGGAUGAUCUGUUGCACGUGGCUGCGAAGGGGGUUGACAUCGACGGACAGGUGCUCGCUUACCUGGAGAUGGCUCAGUUCCACAACGCCAAGCAGCUAUCAGCAUGGUGCCUGCAUCACAUCUGCACCAACUACAACAGCGUGUGUCGCAAGUUCCCCAAAGACAUGAAGAACAUGUCGCCAGAGAACCAGAAGCACUUUGAGAAGCAGCGCUGGCCGCCCGUCUGGUUCCUGAAGGAGGAGGACCGCUACAAGCGCUCGCACAAGGAGCGCGAGCGCGAGGAGGAGCUGCUGCGGAAGCAGAACACCAAGAGGGGCUGGUGCUUCUGGAAGCAUCCGGCACCCUCCACCUCACACAUCUCCUGAAGAACCAACCCCAAACCACCACCACCACCACCUUCCCUUCCUCGCUCCCUCUCUCUUCCUCACCCUUACUCCUCCUCCUCCUCCUCCUCCUCCUCCUCCCCCUCCUCCCAUUCAACCCACAGCCUGUAGGUGCAGCCUUGUCACCAGUGUAACCUCCGCCCGCUGGUGUGGUGGCUCUGUGUGAUAUAGUCUGUAAAUCUACGCUAAGCUAGCGCUACAGCUAAGCGUGAGGCUGUCCAGUGUGUCAGGUGUGCCAUGGGGGGAAUAUGCCUCGGAGGCAGCUCAGGGGCACGCCUUCAGUCAGCAGCAGCAGCAGCAGCAGCAGCAUUCUCUGUGCUGCUCAGUCAGCGAGGGAGACCGACUGUGGCUGGGGCCACGAAGCGUGACUAAAGCGAGCCCGCCCCGUCAUAGCUCCUGUGUGUGUGUGUGUGUGUAGUGUGGUGUGUGUGUGUGUGUGUGUGUGUGUGUGUGUGUGUGUGUGUGUGUGUGUGUGUGUGUGUGUGUGUGUGUGUGUGUGUGUGUGUGUGUGUGUGUGUGUGUGUGUGUAGUGUGGUGUGUGUGUGUAUGCGUGUGUGUGUGUGUGUGUGUGUGUGUGUGUGUGUGUGAGUGAGUGUGGGUGUGGGUGUGCUAGAGACUGUGCAGGAGAGGCUAGAGACUAACCCAAAGCCCCCCUAGGAGAAAAACAAGAACAAACAAACAGACAUGGGGAUGAGCUGCCUUCUCCUUACAAAGAUUUCUCACCGAACAAAGCCACAUGCGGUGUGUGUGCGUACGUGUGUCCAUGCCACUGCGUGACUAUUUGUCCGCUGUGAAAAGAAAACCUUACCCUCCCCUUCCUCAACUCUGUGAUAUUCCCUACCCACAACCCCACCCCUCUCCCCCACGAUUAGUCUCAGAGAAGCACUAUACUUGAGAUUCUGAAACACCAGGAAAGAAAGGAAAAUACAACAAACAAACAAACAAACAAACAAUCGUCCACGCCCUCAGCCAGACUGCCUGGAGCACCAAAGAGAAUCCAAACCCAUCAUUAAUGAGACUUAACAACACGCUUUACCAAACUCACCUGGGACACUUAAAAUGGCAAGGUUGGAGAUGAGGGCUAUUCAACCCCACUGCCACUGAAGUAUUAAAACUCCCUUUUGCUUUCUCCCUCACUCAUUUCCUGCUCGUCAUAAGCUGAUCGUGGACGCCACCUGCUGGAUCACCCAUUUCCCCCUGCAACACUAGGGAGAAGUAUCACCUCUGUUACACUGUGAAUUUUUUUUUUUUUCUGUGUGUUUGUGCAUGUGUUCGUUUGAGGAACUGAGACGACUUGAAACACAGGGACCUCAGCACCUGUGUAACUGUCUUCUCCCAGUUAACAGUAUCUGUGUAACAUCUACACUUUUGACUUUACUCUCACUUAUUUUUUGUUUUAUUUUUUAUUAAGGAAAUCCAGUUAACCCAUUUCUGUUCUGCCAGAAACCAAAAGAAAGAGGACGUACUUCUUUUUUCUCCCACUCAGCCCCAUGUGUUCUUCCGUCAUCUCUUCCCACUGCCUUUUAUCCAUCAGAGACGAAGGGAGGAGGGCACAAGAAGUACUGUACUGGCUGGAUCCAAAAUCUGCCAUCUCCAUUUUCAUUCCUGGUCUCCCUGCUACUUAACUUCACAGAGAGCAAAACAAAACACCUACCUGGGUUAGCUAACCGGCUAACAGGCUACUUAAUAAGCUGAGUAACUAUAGUAACUAAGUUACAAUAACUAAGUCAUUCAGGCUUCCUCUCACCACUUGCUUGUUCCGCUGAUUUUGGGUGAAUUGUUGCUUUAAUGUGAUUUCACCUGACUGAAAAAAGAAGGGCACCUUCUAGUUCAUUGCACACUUUUAGCUAAACAGACCUAUUUCCUUUAAUUUCAUUUUAUGGAGAAAAAGAAACAUAGGAAAAAGAUUCCUCAUUUUGUUCCUGAAGGAUGAAAUGAUGGGUUGUGAUUCUCGGCAGUGAGUGCGAAUAGUUGUGAGGUGGUAUAAAAAUGAAUUUGACUCUCUGCGAGUGUUGCAGACCCCUUAACAUUAUUGUGCCAUUCAAAUCUCUUCUUGGCUUGGAGAGUGUUUUUUUCCUAUCCCCAGUUUAAAUUUCAGCUGUGAGUUUGCUUUUUGCAGAGAAGAAAGAGGGAGAGAAACAACUCUUUGUGGGUGUGUUCUCACUUCGUUUGAUGUGUUUGCUCUUCUUGGUGAAAGAGUUACCUGGUGAAGCAUUUACAUGUGAUUAUUUUGUAGAGGCUUCUACCCAUUUUGUAUCAGUACUUGGGAUCGCUGGUAUUUGAAGCUUUUUGACAUUUUCAUUGGUGGUGCUACGGUCUGCAUUUUAGGCUGCAGCGUUCAAUCAGUGAAUGUGAAAACUCAUACCUGGCACCUUUUUUUUGUAACUGUAGCUUUAAAGAUUUCAUCCUCUUCAAGUAACGUAUCUCCCAACUGUCCAUAGCGGACCACUAAAAAAGGCCCAUGCUACUUUGGGUCGGUCUGUUCAUUCGUCGGUUGUACAACUGAUGAGAUAAACCCCACACUCCCUAACCAGAGCUCCUGCUGUGAAUCAGGAUGAUGGCCCUAAAGACCCAUUGCCUGCAGAAAAAAAACAGUGCCUCUAACUAGUUAAUUAAGGGCUCUUUUACAGUCAUAAAAAUGUUUGAAGAAGGCUUAAGGAGUGCCUGCUUCUCUUUCAAGCCACAAGUGAAGAGGGACAUGAUUAGUUCAGGUCAAGUAACCUCUCUUCAUGUGGGACGGAAACAGGCUAUGUCUUAAUGCCUUAGUCAGUGGUUGUCAGCAGAACCAACUGGUUCAAGAACCACUUCUUUGGUCCCGAGCCUUUGUUUUCCUCUGAGGGAAUCAAAUUUGACUGCCUGAAAGUGUGUAGAAAGAUAUACCGCAAGUAUUGUGCAUGGUAGAUAAUCAUAGGUUCAAAUAUACACGUAUACGGUAGCAUGUAGAGCGGUAGUGGUAGCAUUAGCAUAGCGCUACAGACGGGCUCUGUAGUGAGUUCCAAGUAGCCUACUGAUGGAGUAUUGGUGGAGCAGGGUUGAGCUUCCCUAAGAUGGUGGACAGCACUGCUUUGACCACUCUGGCCUUGCCUUGAACAUGCUCUCUGUUUUCUUGGGUAUGUGAUUGCAAUUGCACUUUUAUCUCUCCUUAUACGGCACCUUUGCCUGUUUAUUUUGUGCGUGGAAUGACUGUUUUAAAAAUUAGACUUUUUUUUAACAAAAGAGGUCUUUUAUAACAUACUCUUCAUAUAGAAGAGCUACACUUUGUAUUUUAUGCUUAAUUUGAAAAAAAUAAUUGGUUUUCUCGUGUUUGAACUUUUAACAAGACAUCUUGUAGGACCCAUUUAACUCCCCCCACAACUUUGUAUAGGAAUAGUCUAUGAUUCUUGAAUAUGAAUUAGGCCUACUUGUUGCAGCAUCUCAUGAUCCAGUUUGCUUGAGAGGAAACAGUACACUCUCAAUUAAAAAAGGGUGGUUUUUAAUAUUAUGCACAGCGCUUUUAGCACUAAUAUGGUGGAAAUAUAACUGGUUGGCACAUUGUGUUUGAGGGGAGAUGCCAAGUUUUGCAACCAUAGGGGUGUGAGUUUGUUGAUGAAUGGCAAACUUCAGAUGUUGACCCUCUAGCUUUAGUAACUAGAGAUAUAAUUCUGGUUUUCAAGGAUGAUUGAGCUAAUCUGUGAUAGUGUUACAACAUUUUAACUGAAUUUAAAACUGAAUUUGAAAAGAAGUGCUUUGUCCAAAUCUCAGAAAAAGAAAGGAGUAAACUAAUGAAAUCUCUAAAACAAAUGCAUGUGGACUGUUGGAAUGUGCAUGGAGGGGGUGACUUGUGGGGAUUUGCAUGCUGUGACUGACGAGUUUGGUUGGCAUUGAUGAGGGAUUGUGUGCUUUUUGGGAAACAGACUCGACACAAUGUUGAACAUCCUAUCUUUUCUUUGAUUUGGUCCUUCGAGUCAGAGAUUUUCUCGAACCCACCAGACUUGUUGAUUUGUUCAUAUUUGAGAAAUUGUAAGCUCCAUCAUGUUCACUCAAAGACAAAAAAAUGAUUUUGGUUUGUUUUAUAUUUCUCUUGUUAUAUGACGUGUUUGCUACACUGCUUGUUAUGGGGUAUGACGCACACUGUCCUUGCUGGAAGCCAUUGCGGCGAUCUAAUAACAAAACGUGGACGUUGCUGAGCAUGGCUUCUUGAGCUGUGUCAGUAAGAGGGCAGACCACCCACCAAUGGUUGGCCUUGGUGCUGCUCGUGCCUUGAAAAACCCAAUGUCUUUAGAACUUUGUUCCUGAAUUCUUCCUAAACUGGAACACAGAUACAAGACCUCUGACCUUUAUUUAGAUGUAGUGUUAGUCCACACACACACACACACACACACACACACACACUCUCUCUCUCUCUCUCUCUCUCUCACACACACACACACACACACACACACACACAUACAUCCAGAGGCAGCUGACCAGAGUUCUUCCCUCUUAGUGCCUGUUGACAAUACAAAGCAAUUACUGCAGUUCAGUGUUAAUGCUUGUGUUUUCUAUGCUCUUACUUCACAGCGUUGUUAUGCGUCCAUUUCUAUAAGUGUACAGUCAGAGACUGGAGAAACUAGUUUCCCCCUGCCUUCCUUUCUUACAGUUUACUGUAUGUUGCUUUUCAUUUUGAGAUCUGUGAAUCCUUUCCCUCCUUAGUUUUUUGCCUUACUUGAGCUUCUCUCUCUACGCUCCAUGGCCUAUUUGACGACCACAGAGUGUGCGUGUGUUUUAAUCAAACAACUCUCAUUUGAAAACAAUCUACUUCUAAUGAUCUGCCCACGCCCACACUGCGCCAUGCUAUUUCGAGCAGACAUGUGGACACGAUUGCUCCCCUGUCCCAGACUACAUUGAUAUUCACCCAAGGGCACGCAAACACUUAAUCAGUGGGAGCUCCCUCAGAACGCCCCCUGCUGUUUCACUCACACCAAUGCCUUGAUCUCAGAACAGGCGGUAGUGGUGGCCUUAUAUAUUCCUCAUUGGCAAUUCAUCUCCCAGCUCACUCUCACUAGUGCCAGCGCGGCCUAUGGCUGCUACUGUAAGGCUGGUCUGCUCAGAGUAGUCCUGCCUGUGGGGCUUUUGGAGAGCCCACAUGGAGACAGAAAGGUCAGGAGCUAAAUUGGCUCGUGAUGCUAUCUGUCUCCAGCUCAAAAGUGUGACUUAAAAAAAAAAAAGAAAUUUUAUGCACUUUUCCCUUCUUUUCUCUCUCGCUAUCUCUCUCUUUUUCUCUCUCUCUCUUCCAUUGUGUUGAGAUGCUCUGUUUGUGGUAUUACACAGAUAAAAUUGUGAACUUGAAAAAAAGCACACACCACUCACUAUUAAGGGCUUUUUUUAAACAAUCAGAAUGUUUUGCUGCUGUUAAAAAUGUUUUAAAAAAAUCCUUUGUAAUAUUUUUGAACCACUGUGAUUUGUACAAAAUGGAACAAAAAUUUAGGAAAACGUUGCCGUUUCAGUAUUUUAAUGUUUGACUUGGCUUUUAUUAAAACUUAACAGAAUCUUUUA